ACGAAAAAGGAAGUAGUCUGAUGUAUCUCCGAAAUAAUUUUUCAUCUUUGUUUUCUUUAACGCCGACCCGGCAGACCUGACGUCACUUCCGCAAGUAAUUUCCAUUUGUUUGUGGCAAACGCCUGCACUCUCUUUAUUUUAAAAACCUAAGAAAACGUUGUAGUUGUAGUUCACAAUAUACUGGCGAAGAAAUAACGUUAUCUACAUUUUCUAUAAAGUGCCGUAUCCUGAAAUUCUGCUGGAAAUAUAGUCACUAUCAAACGUGUUAGCAAAGACGGAAAAACGUGCGGUAGUGAACAGAAGUAACGCUAGUUGGCAGCUAGGUUAGCUAGCUAGUUUAGGUUAAUUAGCUGACUAUUGUUUGCCUCCUUGUCUUCGGUACCCUUGUUGUUGUACAGUUGGCUAACGUUAGCGGUCCUUUUCGGGACUAAAAAGUGAUGGAGUGCCCUCAUCUGAACUCAAAUGUGAGCUUUGGGCUUGACUCCUCCAGGUUCCCUAACGGUACUCCGUCCUCCUGGUGCUGUAACGUGUGCAGAUCUAAUAAAAGUCCAUGGAUUUGCCUUACCUGUCUGAUGGUUCAUUGUGGAAGAUAUGUCAAUGGACAUGCAAAGAAGCACUUUGAAGACAGCCAAGUCCUUGGUGUAAAUCUGAAAAAGGGUGAAAAACCAGAGAAGGAGAAAUCUCAUCAUUCAGUCUGUAUGGACUGCAGCAACUACAGUAUUUUUUGUUACAGAUGUGAUGACUUUAUCGUCAACGACACCAAGCUUGGGCAGGUACAGAAGGUGAGGGAACAUUUGCAGAGUUUGGAAAACUCAGCACUCAUUAGUGACAGACAGAGAAAAAGAAAACUUCAGGAAAGCCUUGUUCCAGAUAGCAAGAUGCUAAAAGACAGUAAUGGAGCAGCUUUAGGUGCUACAGGCUUGAGGAAUUUAGGGAACACAUGCUUCAUGAAUGCCAUCCUGCAGUCCCUCAGUAACAUCGAGCAGUUCAGUUGUUAUUUCAAGGAGUUGCCUGCAGUGGCUCUGCGCAGCGGUAAGACGGCAGGAAGAAGGAUGUACCACACCCGCAGCCAAGGGGAAAACACUGUAUCCUUGGUGGAGGAGUUCAGGAAAACUCUUUGUUCCCUGUGGCAAGGGAACCAGACGGCCUUUAGUCCAGACUCCUUAUUUUACGCCAUAUGGAAAAUCAUGCCAAGUUUCAGGGGCUAUCAGCAGCAGGAUGCACAUGAGUUCAUGCGUUACCUGCUAGACCACCUUCACAGGGAGCUCCAGUGCUGUAAGAAUGGAGCAGCACAUCCAGUCUCACCACAGGAUGGCAUCAAACUGUCCACCUCAGACAAAAGCUGCUUAAAUGGGACCGCCAGUGUCGUCACAUCUAUCUUUGGUGGCAUACUGCAGAAUGAAGUGAACUGCUUGAUAUGCGGGACAGAAUCUCGCAAGUUUGAUCCAUUUCUUGAUCUAUCUUUGGACAUUCCCAGCCAGUUCAGACAGAAGAGAAGUAAAGACCAGGAGCCUGGGCCGACCUGCACCUUGCCCGACUGCUUACGUAGCUUCACUGACCUGGAAGAGCUUGAUGAAACCGAGCUGUACUAUUGCCACAAGUGCAAAAAGCGACAGAAAUCCACCAAGAAGUUUUGGAUUCAGAAGCUGCCAAGGGUUUUGUGUUUGCACCUUAAACGGUUCCACUGGACAGCAUUUUUGAGAAAUAAAGUGGACACUUACGUAGAGUUUCCACUUCGAGGCCUUGACAUGAGGGGAUUCUUACUUGAGCCAGAGAAUUCAUUGCCAGAAAGUUGCCUGUACGACCUGGUUGCAGUUGUGGUGCAUCAUGGAUCUGGUGUGGGAUCAGGGCAUUAUACAGCAUAUGGCAGCCAUGAGGGCCACUGGUACCACUUCAAUGACAGCACAGUGACUCUGACCACCGAGGACACAGUGAGAAAAGCCAAGGCCUACAUCCUCUUCUAUGUGGAGCGGACAGGCCAGAUGGACUCAGACGAAACUGCCACAAAAAACACGGCCACAGAUAAACCUGGUGUGGAAGCAACAGCAGUGAACAGUGUUUCUUCAAAUGUUGUUCAGGACCAGGUAGCUCCAAACACAAAGGAAGCACAUGGGCUUUUCAAGGAUGUGGCUGCCUUACACGUGGUUAAGCUGGACCCAGCAGCUCCACUUAAUGUGGCCGACGACGUGGCUGAAAUGGCCACAGCUGUAACAGACAGGGAUACCUCAGACAUGACUCCAGCAGAGGAUGCUACUCAAACUAUACACACCGUUGCACAAUAAUUCUUUUACUGCCUCAGACCAACUCGUCACUCCAUUUUUGCUUCACCUCAGUCCCACCUCACACAGUGCUUGAUUUUAAGUGUUUGUUUUGUAUUUUAUUUUUAUGACCUGCAUGAUGGCAUCGUGUAUUAAUUGCUGCUUGAAUAUUAUUUGUUAUGUUUGACAUUCUUAUUUUAUUCCCUUGUUGUAUUACUCCUCAGUUGAGGUAGAUUAUCUUAAUGUAAUAGAUUCCAAAGGUAAUCGUUUUAAUGAAAUGAAAGCUUUAGCCUUGAAGAAAAGAUUGGUCCAAGGUUUAGCCUAGACUGACAACAGUCACUGUGUCAAGACACUGUGUCAUUAUAACAGUAUAUGUUAUAACCGUUUUGUUUUUAAAGCUUCUGAUUUUCUAUUUUACACCUUAAGAGUGUAGACUUUCAGUUGUCCAAUUAAUAGAGGGGAUAGAGGGCUAGAAUGCAAUGCAUUACAUGACUGAAUGCUUUUUAAGACAGUACGAAGUUGUUUUAACCUCUUGACCGGAACCAAUGUGAAAAGAAAAAUUAUCAUUGUCAAACAGUUUUGUCUUGUGUUUGCUGCCUUGUAUUAAUUAAUCACUAUUUUAUGUCAAUUUUAGAUAAAGUCACUAAAGAAAGAAAAUCUUUUAAAACAUAUCAGACAAAAUGAAAAAUGCAGUUGAGAAUCCUUUCUUCUAACGAUGUUUUUUUUUUCUUUUUUUUUUAUAUAGCUUUGUGGAAAAACCUGGUAGUUUAACAGCACCAGACAGCUGUUAAAAUUAUAUGGGAAAAUAGCAGACUUAAUCCUCAAGGUCCUAAAGCCUCUCACUAAUUCUGAAAAAAGUUGAUGUAAUUAAUGCAGACCAUCACAGUUAUUUGUAAUUAUCUUUACAUUUCAGUUACUAAUCAU